UAGGAAAGUGGUGGAAGUUGUCGAAUAUUACCACGGCGAUGGGGAAUGGUACCGGUCUAGUCGGCCGUUGAUCGCGGUACCGCGAGCUACGCUACACUCUCGUGCGUCUUUUCCGCGCUGUGCGCUGCGGACUGUCCCAGUCGAGCAAUUAUCUUUCGAAGGAUACGGGGGAGUGACCAUCCUUGAAAGAUGAGUUGCAACUGUCCAUUGACCACGUCCGCAGGACCCACACUGGCCUCGACAUGCGGCGGCUCGUCCUUCAUGCUCUUCAUGGGGCUGCUCGAAGUCUUCCUGCGUAGCCAGUGCGACCUCGAGGACCCGUGUAACCGACCCGCGCCACCGAGCAGUGUCAAUACGAGGUACGACUUCGUAGUGAUCGGAGGCGGUAGCGGUGGUGCGACUGUCGCGGCCAGAUUAUCGGAGGAGCCGAGAUUUUCCGUAUUGCUGUUGGAAGCUGGAUUGGACGAGCCAACGGGCACCCAGAUACCCUCGUUCUUCUUCAAUUUCAUCGGCAGCGAGAUCGACUGGCAGUACACCACCGAGAGCGAGGACGAAGCUUGCUUGAACAAGGAACACAGAAAAUGUUACUGGCCUAGAGGAAAAGUCCUCGGAGGUACGAGCGUCAUGAACGGGAUGACGUAUAUGAGAGGCUCGCGGAAGGAUUACGACGAUUGGGCCAAGCUCGGCAACGUCGGAUGGUCCUAUCGCGACGUUCUUCCAUAUUUUAUACGGAGCGAGGAUAAUCAGCAAGUGAACAGCAUGGAUUACGGUUAUCACGGAGUCGGCGGGCCACUCACGGUCAUGCAGUUUCCUUAUCACCCGCCGUUGAGCUUUGCCCUUCUGGAUGCCGGACGGGAACUGGGCUACGACACGGUUGAUCUGAACGGACGGACCCACACCGGGUUCGCCAUAGCGCAGACCACGUCCAGAAAUGGCUCGCGACUGUCCACGGCGCGCGCCUUCCUGCGUCCCUCCCGGAAUCGCCCGAAUCUUCACAUAAUGCUGAACUCGACAGCGACAAAGAUCCUCUUUGACGAGAAUAACCGAGCGGUCGGGGUCGAGUUCGUCCACGACGGAAUGACGAAACACGUGUCGGUGGCGAAGGAGGUGGUCGUGAGCGGAGGUGCCGUUAACUCGCCGCAAAUCCUCCUAAACAGCGGCAUAGGACCUCGCGAGGAGCUCAAUGCUGUGGGUGUGCCGGUCGUUCGCGAUCUCCCAGGUGUCGGCAAGAAUCUUCACAAUCACGUCGCCUACGCGAUGACCUUCACCAUCAACGAUACCGAUACCACUCCUCUCAAUUGGGCGACCGCCAUGGAGUACUUGCUCUUCAGGGACGGCCUGAUGUCCGGCACAGGAAUAUCCGAGGUGACGGCAAUGAUAAACACUAAAUUCGCGGAUCCGAGGGACGAUCAUCCUGACGUGCAGCUAAUCUUUGGCGGUUACCUGGCUGAUUGCGCGGAGACCGGCAUGGUGGGGGAGAAGAAGGGUGCGAACCGCAGCAUCUACAUUAUCCCGACUAUUCUGCACCCGAAAAGUCGUGGUUACCUACGCUUACGAAACAACGAUCCUGUCUCGAAGCCACUGAUCUACCCCAAAUACUUGACUCAUCCCGACGACGUGGCUGCUCUCGUAGAAGCCGUUAAGUUCAGCAUCCGAUUAUCGGAGACCCAGGCGCUCAAAAAAUACGGUUUCGAGCUGGACCGAACUCCCGUGAAGAAUUGCGAGCAUCUCAAGUUCGGCUGCGACGCUUACUGGGAGUGUGCAAUUCGUCAUGACACCGCGCCCGAGAAUCAUCAGGCGGGAUCCUGCAAAAUGGGACCGCCAGAUGAUCCAAUGGCCGUGGUUGACAAUCAGCUGCGAGUUAGAGGAGUGCGAGGUGUGAGAGUGGCCGACACGAGCAUCAUGCCGAAAGUGACGUCUGGCAACACGAACGCGCCGGCCAUCAUGAUUGGUGAAAGAGCGGCAGACUUUAUCAAGAAGACCUGGAUCGGUUGACACAAAAUUAUUUAAUUAAACGACUCGUUUGCACUGUCCUAUUACCAUUUCGCUGAGGACACUUGUGUUUCAGUUAAGUAACUGAUAAAAAGAACCGUGAGGGAGUUUGAACGUACGUAGAGUAUUUAUGUAAGAAAUUAAAAAGCUACAUAAAAUUAUUAGACAUAUACUUUAAAGUAUUAUUUGAAUAUAAAUAAUGUAAAAAUUAAGUGAAAUACAUACGCUCGCGCGCGCACACACAUGCGUACAUAACACUAGUGGAAUGUUGUGUUGCUUCGAAUCUCCCACCGUAGAUGAGAAAUUCUAAAUGAGAUAAAAUAAGAAUUAUAAAUUUUACGUGACACAGGUUUAUACUUUCCUAACAAUUUUGUACAAUUUUAAUUGUUAAUUAAUUAGUUUAUUUAAGAAAUAUUAUUUGGAAUGUAUAUUAUUACCUAAAAACGUGUAUUUGUUUCGAUAAGUUACAUAAUUUGUCUAAUUCAAUAUUUAAAAAGUUAUUAACAAGAUUUAUAAUGUCACUGAAAAAUUAUGUUACACACUUUUUCUUAUUUACAUUUAUAAUUUUAUUUUACACGCGUUUGAUGUAUAUCAUAUGUUUAAGUUUAUCUCAUGGUAAUUUUCCGGAGAUUGUAUCUUCCAAAUUAAUGAUCAAAUCGUUCGAUUGCGAUCUUUCAUUUCCACCAAAAUAAAUAGAGUAAGAAACUUCGUUAUACUGUAAAUAGUAUACUGCCGCAGUGUGUAUUCUACAAAUCGCUCGAAAUGAUGUACAAAUAAAGAAUAUUUUCGCGAGAG